AUGAAUAAAAUUUAUAGUAAAUUCAAUCUAGAGCGUUUGCGUCUAUAGCACUCUUAAUUGGAUACCAUCAAAUUAGACAGUAAGUUAUCUUAAUAUGUCCAAGGAUCUGAAAUGAAAAGAGGAACUGGUAAGAAUACGAUUAGAAAGGUUUUUGGAAUUGAUGAAUAAAGCAAACAUGAGUAUGACAUUUACGAGAAACAACAGCUAGAGGCAUUUAAAAAAUUGUUAGAUUACGAGAAUCAGUUCUUAUAAGAUGAACUUAUUCUAAGAUUCUUGUAUGCAAAUUAAUUUGAUUUUGAUACGACAAUUUAAGUAAAAAUAACCUUGUAAAAAAAUAAGCAUAUGCGUCUUCAUCAUUAAUGGAUUACAAAUCCUAGUAAUUUUAGGUGGACAUUAAAUGCAGAAGAGAUAAUAGUAAGGAAUAGAUCAAUAUAUUAAGAAAUAAGGUGCAAUAUAUAUAAGUGGGAGAGGUUUGGGUUUUAAGCCAAUCGUUGUGAUAAAUGCGGAUAAACUGGAUAUGUCUACUUACCCGAUUGA